GCUUCUAGGCCGUUCCGAGCAGUUCGUCGCUAAGUGGUGGCAGAAAGAUGAGCGAGAGGUUCCUCGUCCCUGGGGAGUCCACGAGUACAUGUCCAAGGAGCUCGGGUCAAAGACAGCCACGAGCCAAGCGACUCUAUCGGAGAACUCAGAGGUGACCACAGCUGCCUGGUGGCGCGACAUCGAAGUCCGGCGGAAGUACCAUGUGGAUCCAGAUGUCUACGAUGAGCUCCUGAACAACACGGAGUGGAAGUCGUCCGCUGCCCGCACGCGGGACUUCUCCACCGGAGCUUCCCACGUCAAGUACGACAAGGAGGGCAAGAUGAAGGUGCAGGGCAACCAGAGCGCCAGAUAUGCUAAAGGCUCAUCGCCAGCCUUCGACAAGUUGCUCCAGAAGUUCUUCUCGGAGUAUGGCAUAGCGGAGCGGACUUCGGGCAUUGGCCUCAACUGGUAUCCAGAUGGCGACUCUGUUCUGGGAAGUCACCGCCAUGACUGCUGGACAGCCCUGUUCUCUUUUGGCUAUGAGCGCAUUCUGACGAUUGACAAGACGCCACUGCUUCUCCAAGACUGCGACUUAGUCAUCUUUGGCACGCAGCGCCACGGCGUACCCAAGAUGCCCGAGAUCAAGGGCGGGCGAAUAACAGUGCCCAUCUUCUUCUACCCGACCCACAUGCAGAUGAAGAAGCAGUGGCAAACUCUGACAGAUCCGGAAGAUCCCCGGCGCUCCAACGAGCUGGCGAAACUGUUGAGGGAGUGCUUCCUGGACAGGAGCUCAGGAGGAAUAAGCUACGUGCUCGUGGAAAAGGAGGAUUCCUGCAGGAAGAUUGUAAAGGUCAUGGCAGCGGGGACGCGAGGCCGCGCGGUGAUGCAACUCGCUGGUGAUGUCAUCUACAACUUCUUCACCGGCUACUAUCAGGAAGCCGUGCCCACGUCCACAGAAAGAGAGGCCAUCAGGCAGAAGAAUCAGCUCGACGUGAUUAAGCUGGUUCUAGAGCACGUGGUGGGCCCCGGUGACUUCUUCUCGUCUGACGAGCGUUGGGAAUUUGCCGCAGAGGCUUAUGCAGCUUGGGGAGCCUGCAAAGGCUGUCUUGCUGCAAAGCAGCAGGGUAUUACGCAAGGAGUCCCGUUUGCCCAGUACAAUCACGACGAGAUUGAUCACGUCUAUGUCACCAACGGUCCAUUCAGAGACAUUGCGCAUGCAAUCGUCAACCAUCAACAGAUGCUAGACAAGCCUUUCUUUGACAGUGUCUUGGAGCGACUGGAACAGUAUCAUACUGCAAGCAAAGUUGCCGGAAAUGAAUAUGGACCAGAUGAGUACAAAGCAAUGGCCAUAGAGCUUGCCACGGUCGCAGCACUUUGCUCCGGCAUCAGAGCCUUCUUCGCUGCCUCUGGGUUGCCCUGCCCCGAGCUCCCGGAGAAGCCCAGGGUCUGCCAGCCAGCUCAGUUCAAGAGUGUCUCGAACUACGCCGUGGGUCCCUUGAACACGAACAUGGCCAUAGCAUGGGGUCCGUAUUUGAAUGCCUCGCAACUCCGGGAAGACGUUGCAGGACGAUCCGACUUCGACAAGACAACGUGGAUGUUUGCUACAGCAGACGAUGCAGCUCCCACAUCAAAAGCCUCCGCAUCGCCUCUGACUUGCAUGGAUUUCCUCCGCCUUGCCAAUGUCAUGUACUUUCCAGUGGAAGAUGCAACAAGGUUCUUCAAAGUGCCCGGCGAGGAUCGACACUUGACGCGCGGCCAGCUUGAAAUUGCUGCAGCCGUCUACACCAGGACCAAGUCUUGCGGCUACUGA